UCCAGUUUUAAUUCGGGAUUAAUGGCUGCAUCGGAUUUCUAUGGUGACGGUGAUAUCGUCGACGAAGAAGAGGAUUUUAGGCCGCGUGGCAAUAAUUUAAAGCUGUGGGGUAAUCAAGUGACUAUGAACAUAAAUCCGAUGAUACAUACAAAUAUUAUUCAGUCGCCGUACUUCAAAACAAAUUUGAUUGAGCUCAAGACCUACCACGAAGUUAUUGAUGAAAUAUAUUAUAAGGUUACUCACUUAGAACCUUGGGAACGUAACAGUCGUCGAAUGGGAGGGCAGACCGGCAUGUGCGGUGGUGUUCGUGGUGUUGGUGCAGGCGGCAUUGUUUCGACUGCUUACUGUUUGUUGUUCAAACUCUUCACUUUGAAACUCACUCGGAAGCAGUUGAGAGGCUUGCUCGAACACCCAGACUCCCCAUAUAUCCGUGCCUUAGGAUUUAUGUAUAUCAGAUAUUGCUUGCCGCCUGAAGAUCUUUGGAUGUGGUUCGCACCAUACCUCGACGACGAAGAGGAAAUCGAUGUUAGGGCUGGUGGUGGCUGCAGCAUGACCAUUGGGUCAAUGUUGGAGCAGUGGCUCACGAAACUCGAUUGGUUCUCUACCCUCUUUCCUAGGAUACCCGUUCCAGUUCAGAAGAAAAUUGAAGAGAAGCUCCGUAUCCGUCGUCAGAAGCAUGUACUUGAGGAGGUGUCCCGCCCACUAAAACACUCCGACCGGGAGGAUCGUAACCAAGAUCACGGUCGCCCCAAAAGACGUUCUCGUUCUCGCUCCCAUGGUCGUCACGGACACCGCCGGGAUCUUCGGAAAGCACGUGAACGUCAAGAGAGGAUACGGCGUUAG